GAGUUUCGAGUCUUUUGUCCCUCUUCUCUUCCCUUACCAACUGAAUGCUAAUCACACGACCAGGCAGGGCUGCUGCUGCUGCUGCUGCUGCAGCUGCUGGUAUUGUCGAGCUGUCAACCACACAGUUAUUAUUGGAUUGAUUUGGUCCCGGGAAUUUCUCUGGCAUGAUGGAGCAAUUAUGGGGUGGGCUGCACACCCCAUAACAUGUGGACCAAAGCAAAGUCUCCCACCUUGCACCUCUUCUUCCAAAACAUAGCCCACAGCUGUCAUGGCCUCCAGUUAUCCACCCCCAUUUGAGGGCACAGGUGAAGUGAAGGAGGGCUUUCUUUGCCCGCUGUGCCUGAAGGACCUUCAGUCAUUUUACCAACUCCAAGACCACUAUGAGGAGGAGCACUCUGGGGAUGACCGCCAUGUUCGGGGACAACUCAAAAGUUUGGUCCAGAAGGCAAAGAAAGCAAAAGACAAGCUGUUGAAAAGGGAUGGAGAUGACAGACCGGAUACAGGCAGUUAUGAGUCCUUCUACUACGGUGGAGUGGACCCCUACAUGUGGGAGCCUCAGGAACUGGGAGCAACCAGAAGUCACCUGGACUUCUUUAAAAAACACCGCGCAGCCAGGAUAGAUCACUAUGUCAUCGAGGUCAACAAGCUCAUCAUUAGGCUGGAAAAAUUGACAUCGUUUGACAGGAUCAACUCAGAUGCCGCCAAAAUCAGAGCCAUUGAGAAGUCAGUGGUGUCAUGGGUGAAUGACUCGGAUGUCCCGCUCUGUCCUGAUUGUGGAAACAAGUUCAACAUCCGGAACAGGCGACACCACUGUCGUCUCUGUGGGUCCAUCAUGUGUAGGAAGUGUAUGGAGUUUAUCCCCUUACCUUUGGCUCAAAAGCUGAUUAAUGGGACACGAGAGGCACUGUGUGUACCUGGAAGCCCCAUUCAGUCCCAGUCUCCCCCAGCAGGAGGUGGCAGCAGUGGGAUGGGCUCCAGGAGAGGCAGCAUCAGCAGCCUGAGCAGCGUUACCUCCAUGCUGGAGGAAAAGGACGACGAGAAGAUUCGCUGCUGUCACCACUGUAUGGACACACUGCUGAAGAUACAGCAGAAGUUGGAAGAGAAGAACCGCAUGCCGGAUGUGGUGAAACUUUACGAGAGGCUGAGGAUGUGCAUGGAGAAGGUGGAUGAAAAGGCUCCAGAAUACAUCAGAAUGGCAGAGUCGCUCAAUGCCGGAGAAACCACGUACAAUCUUGACACUGCUGGUGGGCUGAGACUGGAAGUGCAGAAAUACUACGAACUAAUUGAUGCCCUGAGUAAGAAAAUUUUAACACUAGGAGCAAAAGAUGAUCCACCACCACAUCCAAAAGCCCUCCAGCUGCAGAGGAUGAUCCGUUAUACAGCAACACUAUUUGUCCAGGAGAAACUGUUAGGUCUCAUGUCUUUGCCCACUAAGGAUAAAUAUGAAGAGCUUAAAGAAAAGAGGAAACAGGAACAAGAGAAGAGACUGCAACAAGAGAGACUGGCAACCCAGGAGACACUGAAGAGAAGACAGGAGUCUGAGAAAAACCGUCAACCUCCCAGUACUAAUGGAGAGCUGCCACGGGCCCCUAGAGCUCCACGCGUGACCAAAGCUGGCGGCUGGUUGCCCUCCGCAGACUCCGUCCAUGCGUGCAGAGAGCUGGAGGACCCCCUGCUGCAGCAGAUUGAGAACAUACAGUCAUUUCUCCGUCAGGCACGGGAGGCCCAGAAGACAGACGAGGUGGCCAUGUUGGAGGAGAACUUGCGUCAGCUGCAGGAUGAAUACGACCAGCAGCAGACCAGCCUGGCUAUUGUGCUCUCCCAGAAGCUGGCUGAGGAGGAGAACUUGCAGCAGGGGGAGCUAAAUCGCCUGCAAGCCUGGGAAAGGGAGGAGAGGGAGCAUUGGGGCCCCACUGUGGCCACCUCCCAGCCUUCCUUCACCUGGGAGAGGUCUCUGGAUAUCAGUCCGGCAAGGGGAAGAGAAGAGGAAGAAGAGGAAGACACUGAAGCAGAGGACCUGACUCCAAAAGCUGAGAGGAGUCCGUCCUCUGUGAGAGCAUUCCCUGCUCUUACAAGCCAGGAGGAGUCACCUCCUAGGUUGAGGAGCUUAGGGGGGCAUAUAACCCCCCCUGGUGGUGAAGGACAGACCACUGCCUCCCUUAACCCUUUCGAUGAGGACUCUACUCCCAUUGAGGAGGAUCCAUCCAAUCCAUUCUUUGAGGACAUAAAGAAGGAACACAAAGAGGGAAGCAAUGGGAAGAAAGAAUACAACCCUUUUGAUGAAGAGGUCCAGGCGGACCAGGCGGAGACCGUGCCUAGCAAUCCUUUUGAGGAGGGUGACGAUAGCGACACGGGUAACCCUUUCCUGGAAGCCUCUGGGAAUCCUCCAGGAGUCUCGACCAACCCCUUUGACGGGGAUGAUGAUGACGAAGUUUUGCCCGAUGUGGAUAUGAUAGAGGAGGAACUGCUGCUGCAGCAGAUUGACAAUAUUAGGGCCUACAUUUUUGAUGCCAAGCUCAGUGGGCGCCUCGACGAGGUGGAGCUCUUGUCAGAGAACCUCAGAGAGCUACAGCACACUCUUCAAGAACAGAAGAAAAAGAAGCACUGAUACUUUUCCCUCCAAAUCCCUGACUACCUGCUACUUCCCAAGUCCUGCAAGGCUAGCUCACGCGACAUGACUAAUGAGCCCACUGAUUUUAGUUUGGGUGAGGUCUGCUGCAUCACAAAAAGAUUAGACUAGUCCCAAAAUUAAAAAUGCACUUGAGCUAAAUAGUCUGGAGUGACUCCCUUACUUUCCAAACUUCCUUCUUAACCACUUGUCCUGUACAGGGUCGCAGAGGGCUGGAGCGUCUCCCAGCAUGCACAGUCUGAAAGCACUAGUAAACGUCCAUUCGUACGGCACGUUGCUGUUAUUAACCCUGUUGUAUCAGGGAAAACGCAAACAAUUGAGGACAGAAUAAUGCCAUUUAAACAAUGUUUUUUUUUAAUGGGACAGUCAGAUGGUUGUUUGAUUGAGUGUGGCUGUAGAAGUCAGGAUGUAUGAUUUGGAGCUCUGGCCGAAGCUAUAAACAAAGUUAAGAUUGAAUUGUGGCCAAGGUUGAACAAAUGGAAACCAAGCUAUUGAUGCAUGUUUCCAAAUGUAUCCUUUUAACAAAAGUUUUUAUUCCAUUGAUAUUAGUGCCCUCUUGUUGUACCAACGACUUUAGUUUGUGGUAAUUGAACUUCCUGCUGUUCAUUGAACCAAUACCAAAGAACCCAGCCAUGCGUUACUGUUCUACCUGGACCACAAACAACAUUCAGACAAAAUAACUAUCUGAUCAUUUCAUUAGAAACA